AAAGAACAAGUCAUAUGAGGGAGAAGCGCUUCAAAACUGUGCUGAGACACACGCCACAAGCACCAAACCAUGGAAGCUACGGAGUCUGCAGUAAAUCCCUACACUUUUGAAGAUUAGAAAAUCUAUUUAUAAUUUUUGUAGGCUUCGCUUAUGUUGGACUACUAGAUGGGCAUGAUACUAUACAGCCAAACACGAUCUUUGUGAAGAGGAUGAGAGAAGCUGAAGACCAUUUGUUAAAUGGGUGAUAAUGCGGGAUCACAAGUCCAGUGCUAAUGUGGAGAACCUGCUGAGGGAGUCUCAGAUGGAGUUACAGUGGAUCCAGAGACAGCUCGCCAUGAUUGCUGCCAGAAACUUGCACCAUCACCACCUGCACAGCAAGGGCAAGUCAAGAUAUGAGGUUUCAUCUCAGCAAGCUACAGGCCACUCCACUGUCUACCACGCAGGCCGCUUUCGACUGCUGGAGGAGAGAAACCGAGCUCUAAAGCUUGAAGUAACCACACUUCGCCAGGAGAAACAGCAGUAUAAGAAAGUGAAAGCAAAGCUCCAUGCUGCCUUGCAGGAGAAAAAUCGUUUGAACCUUGAGUUGAUCAACCACCAUCUGAAGGCAUCCAAGUAUGACCAGGUGCAAUCCGACUAUGACCGGCUGAGACAGACUUUUGCUGUAGUGAGUCAGGAGAGAGACGUGGCCCAGGAGCAGAGGAGCCAACUCCAGGAAAAAGUGGAUAACCUGGAACACGUUUUAAAGCAUAUGCAUGAGGCUGUAGAGCUAAAGCAACAGUUGCAGACAGAGCAUGAGCAAGCCUUGGUGGCCCUUCACACCAAGCAGAAGGAGAUCAAUCAAUUGCAAAAGGCUUGGGUUCAAACUGACCAAGAGCAUGAGGAAGCAGUACACCUGUUAGAGGUCAGGGUUCGUGACCUGGAGCAGGAAUGCCGGUCACACAGUGAACACUUUCACCAGCUGUCCAAAGAGCUGCUGAAUUUCCGCCUGCAGUCAGAACCUGUGAAUAUCCUUAAAAGUAAUACCACCUCUGCAUCCCAGAUCCCGCCCUCACCACAGAAGAAACUCUCGCAGGUCAGAUUUGAAGCCCAGCCAGAGACAGGUGAUGAGAGUGCGGCAGACACGCCGCUGCUGAUCUCCCAGUUCUUGCCCUGCUCACCGCAGACUGGAGACGGAGAACCACCAGAGCUGCUGUCUGUCAAAUCCAGCACCGUGACAACGGACCACCCCAUCCACCCCCGACAGUUUCCCUCAUCAGAGAUGGAGGAUGAGGCCAGCCCAUCACCCAGGUCCAAAUCUCGCUACACAGGCCAGGUCCGCCUUUGCACUGCCCGAUACAGUUAUAACCCUUACGAUGGACCAAAUGAGCAUCCUGAAGCAGAACUCCCCCUUGUGGCUGGAAAGUAUCUGUAUGUGUAUGGAAACAUGGAUGACGAUGGCUUCUAUGAAGGCGAGCUGCUGGAUGGCCAAAGAGGACUUGUUCCUUCCAACUUUGUGGAGUUUGUCCAGGACAAGGAAAAACCAGGCAUUCAGGCUGGAGACGGAGGGGAAGAUCUCGGCCCACUUGAGCACACAUCCCUAGCCUUGACGGCUGUGGACGGGGGUGCCUCCCAGGAUGGCCUUCUGAGCUCAGCAAACGCCUUGGUUCCCUGUAGCAAUGGGACAGGUGGGCCCUUGGAUCCUGAGGACCUGGCGGAAGACGUUGUGCCUUACCCCAGAAAGAUCACCUUGAUCAAGCAGCUGGCACGGAGUGUCAUCGUGGCCUGGGAGCCUCCACUAGUGCCUUUGGGCUGGGGGAACAUCUCUAGCUACAAUGUGUUAGUAGAUGGGGAGCUUCGUGCCAAUAUACCAUACGGUGGUCGGACCAAGUGUUUGCUGGAGAAGCUGGACCUGGACGGCUGCGUCCACCGUGUGUCAGUGCAGAGCGUCACAGACCGGGGCUUGUCAGAUGAGCUGCGCUGCACCUUGCUGGUGGGAGCCAAUGUGGUGGUGGCGCCGUGCGGUUUGCGCGUCGAUGACAUUCAGCGUGACACUGCCGAGCUCUCUUGGUUGCCUAGCAACAGCAACUAUGCUCACACUGUGUUCUUAGACGGGGUAGAGCACGCAGCGGUAAAACCGGGAAGGUAUAGACUACGGUUCCACAACCUGAAGCCCCUGACAGUUUACAAAGUGACGGUGGUGGCGCAGCCCCACCAGGUGCCGUGGCAACUGCCGCUGGAGCAGAGAGAGAGGAAGGAAGCCGGCGUGGAGUUCUGUACUCAGGCAGCAGGUCCAACACCAUUUUGCAGAACAGGGCCUCCGCUGCCACCCCAGGAUGUUCAGGUGCUCUGUGGGCAGGCUCCAGGGGUCCUGCAGGUCUGCUGGAAGCCCCCCCUCCUCUCUCCCACAGGCACAUCCAAUGGGGCAAAUGUCAUUGGUUACGCAGUCUGCACUAAAGGGCAGAGGAUAGCUGAGGUGCUGUUCCCUAUGGCAGACUAUGUUACGGUUGAACUGACAAGGAUUCAAUGCCUCGAGGCCAGGGAAGUCAUCGUUAGGACACUGUCGGUCCAGGGAGAAUCCCAGGACUCCCAAGUUGCUGUCAUUCCAAACAACCUGCUUGUGCCUCUACCUCCGCUUCCCCUGCCACCACCAGUGCAUCCUCACGCGGGCCCCCCUCCACACCCCCAUGCUCAACCUCUCCUCCAGUCCCCUCACCUUCCUCACCCCACACCCCAACUUCCCGCUCCACCCCAUGGACAACAACUGCCGCCCCAUCCUCCACAUGCUCAACCCCAUCCCAGACUCCCCCAUCAAGGUGGACCCCCGCAACCCCAGCUUCAUCCUCCCCAUCCCCAGCCGCAGCCCUUGCAUCUUCAGCCUUGUCCACCCCACCAAGGUCCCAGGCCACAGCACCAACUGCCUCUGCUGCCCCACCCCCAACCCCACCUUAUACCUCUGAGACCAGUAAGUGCCAGAGACCUGGAUGCCAAAGACCAUGCGGCCCAUCACGGGGGAGCUAUUCUACCUGGCCAACCUGGCUGGGACCCUACACGCUCUCCUUGUGUCCAGCCUCCAGUGCCCAUGCAAGGCCACACCCUUGAAGCCCCAUCACCCGCCAAUCCACGGUCUCCCUCACCCCAGAGGAUUCUUCCUCAGCCCAGAGGCACGCUUAUCCCGGACACUGUGGCCAAAGCCAUUGCUCGAGAAGCAGCUCAGAGGGUGGCAGCAGAAAGCGGAAAGGGUGACAGAAGGCAGGGCAGAUAUGGAGAACAGGGUCAUUCAUUUCACCAGCAUCACUCUGAUGAGGAAGAGGAAGACGAGGAAGGGUUUGCUCGCGGUCGACGGAGAGGACCCUCGGUUGACGAGUUCCUCAGAGGCUCUGAGCUGGGGAGGCCGCCUCACUAUAGUCACAAUGAAGAUUAUCACAGCGAAAGCAGCCGGGGCUCUGACCUGUCUGACAUCAUGGAAGAGGAUGAGGAGGAACUGUACUCUGAGAUGAAGCUGGAAGAGGGACGUCGACGCAACUCGCACAACACACCCAAGACAACCCCUGUUGGAGGCCGCCAUGAUCGGGAUAGUGGGAGACGAGCGCAUCACGGCGGUCCCCAGCCUCAGAGACGACCCCUAAUGGUCCCCUCCAUUGAGGUAACCUCUGAGAAUAACAAUGAGGGAAACCUCUCUCCCAUCACCGAGGAUGUUUACUAUGGCAGAGUAGCUCGACACAGGACCUGGUCAUCCCGCAGGCACAUGGGCGGCACCAGGUCUCCCCAUGAUGGCUACAGGGAUCGGGAUCGCCGCGCUCCCACGUACUAUGAUGAGUCAGAGCCAGAGGAGCCCUUUAGGAUCUUUGUGGCUCUCUUUGACUACGAUCCUCUGUCCAUGUCCCCAAACCCGGAUGCUGCUGAUGAAGAGCUGCCCUUCAAAGAGGGGCAGAUCAUUAGGGUGUAUGGGGAUAAAGAUACCGAUGGGUUUUACAGAGGUGAAGUGAAAGGCAGGAUGGGCCUGAUCCCCUGUAACAUGGUGUCAGAGAUACGAGCAGACGAUGAGGACACCAUGGACCAGCUCAUCAAACAGGGCUUUCUGCCGCUCAGCACACCUGUGGAUAGAAUAGAGCAGAACAGAAGAGGCCUGCGUCGAGAUCAGGCCUCCAGGAGGAUGGUGGCUCUGUACGACUACGACCCCAGGGAGAGCUCUCCUAAUGUUGAUGUUGAGGCUGAACUCACAUUUUGCGCUGGUGACAUCAUUGCUGUGUUUGGUGACAUUGACGAAGAUGGUUUCUAUUAUGGUGAGAUCAAUGGCCACCGUGGUUUGGUUCCCUCUAACUUCCUGGAAGAAGUGCCUGAUGACGUGGAGGUUUAUCUGACUGAUACUCCAUCCCACUACCCCCAGGAAGAGCCCGCCAACCGGCCUCCUGCCAACUCCAUCCCCGCCGUCUCAGAGAGCAAACGGGCUACCACAGAAACUACCGAAGCCGUCAACAAUGACACCACACCCGUCCGGGCGCCGUCCCCGAUUGUUCGCCCCCUCCUCCCUGGAACCAUGAGGCCCCUAAGCCCUACAAGGGGUCCCCACGUCCCAAUGGACCCCCGGGACUCUCAAGAUCUGGCAAACAAGAAGAAGAAAGGACUGCUUUCCAAGGGAAAGAAACUCCUGAAGAAACUCUCCCCUGUGAAAUAAAAGAACACAAACAAAAUUAAUGUACAGUAAGUGCUCAUGCUGGGCUCUGUGUAUUGCAUUCAUACAAUCAACUCUGAUCUAACAACACGUGACAGAGAGGAUGUGAGCUGUGUCUCCUUGACUGCUUGAGCCUAUUUCACUACAGUGAUAUAUAUAUUAAAAAAAGGUGACAGAUGGCCACAAAUCGAUUAUGUACAGUGCAGUGCCAAAAUCAAGAGCGAGGUCACUUGCAGACACAAAAUCGUGUAACUAUGAUGUAUUUUAAAUCAAGGGGGUGAUUAAAAAAAAAACAAAAACAAACUAGGAUUUUCAUGACAUGUAUUUCUUCUGUUUUUGUUAUCAUUAGGCAAAAGUAAUUCUUACAUUUGUUUUAAGCAGGGUAUCAAAGCAUCUGGUUAUAAAACUUUCCAAAAGUCUUUUCUCAGCAAAAAAAAAAAAUUAAAUUAAAAAAAAAAAAAGGAGUAUUGAUGUCACUACAAGGGAACAGACACCAUGCUCCUCCAAGAAAAUCUCAAAAAGACUACACUGUUAUUGAGGCAUUCUGUGAAGUAAUGCUGGCUGCUAAAAAAAAAUAUUUUAAAAAAUCCUUUAUUCAGUGCAAUAUCAUAGAGAGAUGGUAGCAUAUGUGGGAAUAAGAUUUCCACUUGUACCUGUGAUUCAGCAGAGAGGAUUUUUUUUUCUGAGAUGAAAGGAAUUUAAAAGACAAGAACAGAUUGGCAACAGGGCAUUAACGUCAGAAACACCAGGCAAGUUUAGCUGUCUCAGUGGCCUUUAUGAAAACAAUAUGAGCACGACAUUCCUCGUUUGAUUGCAAGGUUGACUUAACUCCAGGUUUUUCUUUCAUGACGGGCCGCUUGUGCUUUGUCAUUUUUGAGAAUUAAACAGAGAGCGGUAAUGUUUGUUGUCAUCGCUGUCAAACUGUCAUGAAACGCCUAGUUCAAGACGAAAUUUUGUGUCUAUCUUCCUAUUGCACAAAGGUGGGUGUUUUGUCGGACGACUGGUAAACGAUAUAUUUUGUGUGCCUGUGUGUGUGUGUGCGUGUAUACUACAUGUAUGUAUGUGAUGCAUUCAUAUUUUGCACCUUUCAUGUUUGCUGUUCACUUGCUUUAUCUUUUUUUUGUUUUUCUGAAGGAGAGGCCAUGUAAUUGUUGGUCCUGUGAUCUAGUGGUGUGCUGCUACCUCCAUUGGCUGUGCAUUGUUUAGCUUACGUCGAUGUUCACUGGUGUUCAAAGACAGUGGAUCGCCACAAAAUGUCACAUUUGUAACCCAGAUGUGAAUGAUGUUAUUAUUAACUUGCUAACACAAUCAUUGAUAGUAAAAGCAAAGGUAGUUAUUAUUAGACGAGUGUAGUUAAACUUUUCAAAAUGUACAAUUGCAACCUUAUAGACAGAUGAGGACAGAACUAUUAGUCUCCUAUAAAAGAUGCCACUUUAAAAAAAAAAGUGCUGUUAAACAUGGCAAGAAAUUUUUAACACGGCUUUUCCAAACAUCCAGGUUUUAUUUUGUAUGCUCACAUUAUUUUACUUUGCACACAGAAACAAAAUUAUGUGACAAAAACUAACAGGGUCAAAAUUAUUAGCCCCUCUGAUGCUAAUAGUCAGGUGUAUUUCCUUUUUUGCAGUUUUAGUUGUAGUUUUCAACAAGUCUCGCAAAUGUCUCCUGAGCAACACCAGCCUUUUUUUCUUUGCCAAAUCUCUCCAGUUCCUCCAGAUCUCACGAUAGAUUUCAGGGGGGUUCAAGUCAAGGCUUUGACAGGCCAGUCAAUAACUUUCACUUUGGUCUUGAGGAGGGGGGUUCUUCACCAGGAGUGAUGUAUAUUUUGGGUUACUGUCCCGUUGGAAGACAAAGGAACGACUCAGACCCAGUGUUGCUGCUGAAUGCUUGAAGUUUUUGUUCAAAAUCUUAACAAAUCCUUUCUCGAUGAUGAGAUUCCCAUCUCCAGACACAUUGAAGCAUCCCCACAGCAUAGUACUCCCACCAGUGUGUUUCACUUCUUUGAGUUGUACACCUUGUCCUAUGCAUAGUUCAGUCUUGUUUGAAGAUGUCUUUUGCACUGAAGUGGAGUUUUUCUUGGUCUGCAACCUCGCAGUUCAUCCCUGUGCAGGGUUCUAGUGACUGGCUUCGUUGACUUGGCUAAGUCAUUCACUGUGGUCUUUAGACACAGCUCUCACUGUUUUACUUCCCAGAGUUUUUGAAAUCUUUCACUUCCUUCAGUAUCUCUGCUGUGUUUCUUUGUUUUGUCUGUCUUUCAAUUUCUCGGUCCAAUUCUUGACACUUGGAAACACUGUGAUAACUUUGUAUAUCCAUCUCCUGCUUCGUGAGCAUCAACGAUUCUUUUUCUUGAGUCGAAACUGAUUUUUUUGGUUUUAGCGUGAUGCUUUUUCAAGUGACAGCUCAAACUUUUACUGAAGUUUUCAUACAAUGAGUAAAUUGGAAGACAACCCUUCCAUUAAGUCAAUAACAAGAAGAUACAUUAUUUUAAGCUUGCAAAUAAUAUCGACUCUGGUCAUUUCUGUUUUCUGAACUAAUUCUGUUAUUGUGGGCAAAUAGAAAUAAUGUAUGCUUUCUUAAGAAAACUAGUAUGUUUAGAAACAGUAUGUUGAAAAUCUCUUGCUCUGUUAAAAAACAACUUAGGAACAUUUUGACAGAAACUUUACAUUUUAUAGGGGAGGCAAUAGUUUUGCCCUCAUCUGUAGCAGCCUAUCUGUGUAGAUGAUUAACUUGUGUUCAAACACAAAUUAUGACUUACUCAAGUUUACAGUUUUGGUUUUUUGUUGGGGGUUUUUUCCAGGCAACUGUAGACGCCACAAAAUGCCAACAUUUCUGAUUAAGGUUUGGGUGAUGCACUUUCUUUUGAAACCAGUGAGGGACAUGCUCAUAAAGCCUCAUAAAAACUGGAAAUCAAAAUGAUAAGAUGUACAUUGUUCUCUGGUUUUGUUACAUCUACCUGCUGUCUGUGGAGAGAAAUAUGAACUUAAGUUCACAUUUUGUAUCAUGACCUGUACUUUCAUUAUAUAAAGAACUAUACUGUGCUGAAUCAAUAUGUUAGCUAAUAUACAGCUAUUAUAUAAGAGGAUAUGGUACAUAAUAGAUUUUUACUUUAUUCCCAUGAUAUUGAAUUAUAUAAAAAGAAAGUAUGAAGUGAUUCCACUUAAUACAGUCAAUAUUUUAUUGUUUUUUCGUUUGUUUGUUGACUCUCUGAAUGUUUAAUAUGUUUAAUCAAGUCUUCAAAAGCAAAUUUAGUUGCACAAUGCCACUGAAAGAUUGCCACCAUUAAAGUAUGAUCAGAUCAGCAGAAGCUUAAUAUCCUGCAGAUUGUUGAGCCGACUGUCUAAUUAGUCAGUUUCUUAUUCAAUGAAUUCUUAGUGUUAAUGCUACACAAACAACAGACCAGGCUUCACAGAGGGAGAAAAAUAGAAUAGAAUCAGAAGCUGAGUUUUGUGUGUGAUUGGUGAAACUGAAUGCCAGACAUUUCAUUUUUUUCUCUUCUCUUUUUAGUAGUUUGAAAGUGGCUUCCUGGGUUUAAAUUAUAUCCUUUGGUGGUUCGGAUAUCCUCUUUGAUGGGGAAAAUGUAGCUUAGCAAGCUGAUCAAAUUCAAAAUGAAACUGUUGCAAUGAAGGAAAAAAAAAAGGAAGAAAACAGAUCUUGUUUUUUUUCUCUGUGCUUGCAAACACAAAUUUAUUUGACAUUUUAUGGGCAAGACCAUUUUUUCUGGGUUUUGUCUUUUAAACAUUUAAACGUUUCCAUACAUUUCUUAUGCUCAAACUGGCCGGUGUAAUGAGAUCCACCCCCCAGAAAUGGACUAACUUCAAAUGGCAACCCACUGUUUUACUUUUCAAGGUGACAGGCGUGUGUUAAUUUGACAACAUUAUUGAAAUAAAGUCUUAAAAAUUAACUUGAAUUAUUGAAAGAAAGAACCCACUUCAUCUAUAAGCAGUCUGUGUGCUUUGGAGAGGAUUACUGGAGCUCACAAACAUAAUUACUACCUGGCAUAGCUUUAAAAAAAGACAAAGUUUUUAUUAUUAUAUUUAGUUAUAAACCUUUAUUAUGUCCUAAUCAUCUUCAGUGGUCCUUAUGUGAAGCUGCAUUUAACAGAUGAGCCAGAUGUGGGUUUGUUUUGUGGCACAGGGUUCCUUCAUUCGUGAAUAUUGCUGAUGGCAUGCAAAGACAUGAGAGGUUAGCCAAAGUGGAAUUUAGGCUGGCAAUCAGUUUACAUUUCAUUAUUUUCCAAAGCUGUUUAUGUAUAGUUUCACUUUCAGUCUUUCACAAAGUUGAAUUAUAUGGUGUUCCAAUACCAAAUCAUUCACUUGUGAAUGGGCGUAGUGUCUCGAAACACUGUAGCUCUUUUGUACUUUGAUUCAUUUGUAGAUAAUUUAUAAAUGUUUCUACUUGAUUUUACGACAGCCUUUUUUUCAGUGCACUGAGAUUUCCUCUCAUUGUAAAAAAAAACAAAAAAAAAAACUGCAAGCAUUCUCCAUAGUGUCCUUUGAAAUCACAUGUAUAAGCCCACCGUAUGUGCUUGCUUUGUGAAUCAAGAUAAAAAAAACAAAAACAACAAAUCAACAAAAAAAGAAGAAGAAAAAGAAAUCACUGGACAGUAUUUAUGGUGAUUAAUUAUGUGUGGGUGUGCAUGUGAAAAAUACAACUUUUAUAACCAAAUUAAAUUUGAUAUUUUUUAAAAA